AUGUGCAAACCUGCCAAGAGUGAAGACUCGUGUAUCCACGUUAGUCACCAUGGCUGGACUUGUAGUCCACAUCUUGAUCCGAACAGUCCUGGCACAGUUAAAUGUGGUAGACGGGGGCCAGAAGGCUUCAUAGAAAGCUUAGACAGCCCAUCGCUCCGUCUUUUACAAAUAACAUUUCCGUGCGAUACAACCGGUCCUAUGUUACUCUCAUUCGUCCGCGCAGUGGAGUCCAACUGCCGGUUUCAAAAUUUGACUGAAUUGGUACUAGGCGGUGGCAGUUGGUUUACUCAUUGGUACCUAUAUCCAGAAAGGCCACCUCUAAAGAUACGAUCAGAAGAUCUUAGGGAAGCCGUAAAGAUACUUCUGCCCAUGCCGCAGCUGAAAGUCUUACAACUCAGCGUCGCGUCUGGUUUCCUAGAUGAUCUGGACCUCGCACUAUUUCAGAACAUGGCAAAUGCAAUGCCAAGCUUGGAGAAGUUAUAUCUCAAUUAUGCGGAUUCUUUUACAAUUGCUCAAUAUUAUAUAAUGACGCACUAUGAAAGAAUACCGGUACAUCAUCUCGCAGCGUUCUGUAGCAUGUUCAAGAAUUUGAAAGAGGUCGGUGUGGGGACUGUGGACGGGAUAUCUGUGGAGGAAAAUCCGAAGGAGGACUGGAUCUGUAAGGAUAUUAAGACUCUGAAAGUGGGCGCUUGGGCGGGCAGAGAUGAGCUUCGGGGUGGAAAUAUUGCAGAAAGCCCUUGGGGUGGAGGAAUCUCAAGAGGACAUCUGUACGACGCGCUAAGGACAUUUUUUCCGGAAUCGGAUAUGGCCAAAGUAGGAUUUAGCCGGCAUGAUCAAUGGAUCUGGUACGAAUCAAUACAUGGAGAUUUGUCAGCUUGGGAAACAGACUGGGCAGCUAUGAAAGACGGCGUGUCCAAUAGUUCAACUAGUUUGGGACUUUCAGAAACCUUGGUCGGACUAGAUGAGACAUCCAGACUAGAGGAAGAAAGUUGA